GUUUUUGAAUCAAAAUCAUCCCCCAAAUUGCAACACCACCAACGCUACGUCAAGAAACCUAAAGAAAAGGGAAUGAGUGACUCAACCGAUCUCCCUGUAAACGAGUUGUCAAAAACUGGUAGUGGGUCUUUCGAUGCCAACCGAAUUGGGGAACUGAAUUCUUGGUUGGUUUCUCAAUUCGAUGCCGCUGGGAAGGAUCAUGUACCUGAUUUUGAGUAUACCUCUCGUACCAUUUCCCAUUUACAUAAUUUAGCCACAAUUUCUCAAGCCAAAACCCAAGCUGCCACCAUAAUUGCCAAUGAUUUCCGACUUAAAGCCUCUGAGUAUCGAUCCCAAGCUGCAAGGAUUAGAGAGAUAUUAGAGAAUGUGGGGUUAGCACAAGAAGGCUUGCCGGCAAAUGUGGUUUCAUCUUCACAAGUUCUUGCUAAUGUAGCAAAUUUGCUGAACAUUAGAGACACCGAGCUGAGUAGUUUUCUUGUGGCCAUGGGGGAUGUUUCAUUAAGGAAGACUGGAGUAGAGGAUAAGAGGGCUAAAGUGCAGAAGGAAUCCAAAAUUCUUCUUGAUUACACUCGAAAGGCCAUAGCAAGGCUGACUUAUUUGAAAAGAACACUUUCACAACUGGAAGAUGAUGUAGCUCCCUGUGAGGCUCAAAUGGAGAGUUGGAAAACGAACCUGGCAAUUAUGGUUUCAAAAGAGAGACAAUACCUUCAACAGUACGCCAACUACAAGGCGAUGCUUACUCGUGUGGGGUACACACCGGAGAUCAGUCAUGGAAUGCUGGUGGAAAUGGCGGAGCAUAGAAAAGAUUUAGACAAGAAAACAAAGCCCAUCCUUGAUACUUUGAGAAGCUAUCAAGACUUGCCACCAGAUAAGGCGUUGGCUGCACUUGCGAUCGAGGAUAAGAAAAGGCAAUAUGCAGCUGCUGAGAAAUAUCUUGAAGAUGUAUUGCAAUCAGCCCUUGCUACUGAAGAUUGAAUAGCUUUUGUAUAGCAGCAAAUGAGACCCAUCAUAUGGUAAUUUUGGUUGUGUGUGUUUAAUGUGUUUUUUUACCCAUUAUUCUUGAAACAGAGAAAUGCAAGUCUUCCUCUUUGUUAGGCAUUUGAUUCUGAA